GUUCUUUGAAGGAUCAUAGACAGAUACAUUGAAAUGGCUCGGUCUAUGACUUUUCUCAUUCUCUUCUCAAUCCUUGCACUUGCUCCAAUGUGUUACUGUCGCAGAACCUAUGGCGGUUACCUGUAUCCCCAGUAUUAUGACUAUUCAUGCCCGCAAGCUGAGGAUAUCGUCAGGUCCGUUGUGGCAAAAGCUGUAGCCAAAGAAGCUCGCAUGGCUGCUUCCUUGCUACGGGUUCACUUCCACGACUGUUUUGUUCAGGGAUGUGAUGGAUCGAUACUCUUAGACAGCACCGGAACCAUGCCCAGUGAGAAAAGGUCUAACCCAAAUCGUAAGUCCGCUCGGGGAUUCGAAGUCAUUGAGGAAAUAAAGGCUGCCCUAGAAGAGCAGUGCCCGCAUACUGUGUCCUGUGCUGAUAUACUUGCUUUAGCUGCCAGAGACUCCACUGUUCUUAUGGGUGGACGUAGCUGGGAGGUUCCUCUAGGAAGAAAGGACUCGAGGGGUGCAAGUUUAACUCUUUCUAACCUCAACAUCCCUGCACCAAAUGACACUUUCCCGAUCCUCCUGAACAAAUUCAAUCGCCAGGGGCUCGAUAUUAUUGAUCUCGUCACAUUAUCAGGAAGCCACACCAUUGGCAAUGCAAGAUGCACCGCGUUUAGACAAAGGCUCUACGACCAGUCAGGGGACGAUCAACAGGACUCCAGACUAGACCAGUCAUAUGCUUCCCAACUCCGUGCCACUUGCCCGAGAUCGGGUGGUGAUCAGAACCUGUUCGUCUUGGACAAUGUCACUCCAACUGCGUUCGAUAACAGCUACUUCAAGAAUUUGCUGGCUUACAGGGGCCUGCUGAGCUCUGACCAAGUGCUCUUCACCAGUAACAAGGAAUCAAUUGAAUUGGUGAAGAAAUACGCAAAGGACAAUGAAGUCUUCUUGCAGCAAUUUGCAGCUUCAAUGGUCAAGAUGGGUAAUAUCUUGCCAUCGACAGGAUCGAGGGGUGAGAUCAGGAAGAUCUGCAGGAAGAUCAACAGUUGAAACCAAGCACAUAAAACUGGUGCUC